CUCUCAGGAAGCUCCAGAACAGAAAUGGCGCAGACGGGCGGGUUUCUGCUGACCGACGGAACCGAGCCGGACCCGGAGCCCUGAGACCAGAACCGGGGGUGGAACCAGCCGAGCCGAGACCCGGGACUGAGGACCAGAGAGCCGGUACCGGUACCGGGACCGGGGACCGGGGACCCGGAGAACCGAGCCGGCCGGAACCAGCGGGAGGAGGGGAUGGAGCGGCGGAUGGAGUGGAAGAGACACAUCUCAGAGCAGCUGAAGCUCCGGGACCGAGUCCAGAGACACACGUUUGAGGAAAUCAUCCACCAAUAUCACCGUCUGCUGGAGAAGUCGGACCUGCAGACGGUUCUGUCAGAGCGGUACCAGACUGACAAGUAUGAGGUCCAGAGACACGAGGCCAGCCAGGACCCGGGGCGUGGGGAGGCCCUGCAGCAGGAAGUGGCCCAGAUGAGGAUCCGGCACCAGGAGGAGCUGACGGAGCUGCACAAGAAGAGAGGAGAGUUGGCUCAGAGCGUGAUUGAGCUGAACAACCAGAUCCAGCAGAAGGACAAGGAGAUCCAGACCAACGAGGCCAGGAUGCAGGAGUUCCAGCAGCAGAUCCUCAGUCUGGAGGGCGACUGCCGGGACCUGCGGACCAGCCUGCAGGACCUGGAACGGGCCAACCAGACGCUGAAGGACGAGUACGACGCCCUGCAGAUCACGUUCUCUGCCCUGGAGGAGAAGCUGAGGAAAACCUGCGAGGACAACCAGGAGCUGGUGUCUCGCUGGAUGGCUGAGAAGGCUCAGGAGGCCAACAAGCUGAACGCAGAGAACGAGAAGGACACCAGGCGCCGGCAGGCCAAACUGCAGAAGGAGCUAGCAGACGCCGCCAAGGAGCCGCUGCCCCUGGAGGGGGAGGACGACAUCGAGGUCCUGGCUGAGGACGGAGGGAAGGGAGGAGGAGAGACGUCUCCCAGCCGCCUGCAUGGCAGGACGCUCAGCAAGAAGACGUCCCAGCCCCCCCCUGGAGGUCUGCUGGACUCCAUCUCCAACAUCUUCGGCAGGAGACGAAGUGCCAACUCCUUCGGUUCUCCAGAAACCACCGACGCCCCCCCAGGAUCCUGCACCGAGGUCCGGGUCCCGUCCACCGCCCUGCACACCUUCGAAGCCCACGACGGCGAGGUGAACGCCGUCAGGUUCAGCCCCGGAUCCCGUCUCCUAGCAACCGGAGGGAUGGACCGCCGGGUCAAGCUGUGGGAGGUGGUGGCAGGGCGGUGUGAGCCUAAAGGAGCUCUAACUGGCAGCAACGCUGGAAUCACCAGCAUCGAGUUCGACAGCGCGGGCUCGUAUCUGCUGGCUGCCUCUAACGACUUUGCCAGCAGGAUCUGGACGGUGGAUGAUUUCAGGCUGAGGCACACCUUGACGGGUCACAGCGGGAAGGUGCUGUCCGCUCGCUUCCUAUUGGACAACGCUCGCAUCGUGUCGGGGAGCUACGACCGGACGCUGAAGCUGUGGGACCUGCGGAGCAAAGUCUGUAUGAAGACGGUGUUUGCCGGCUCCAGCUGCAACGACAUCGUCUGCACGGAGCAGUGCGUCAUGAGUGGACACUUCGACAAGAAGGUCCGAUUCUGGGACAUCAGGGCGGAGAGCAUCGUGCGGGAGCUGGAACUGCUGGGUCGGGUCACGUCUCUGGACCUUAACCACGACAGGACGGAGCUGCUCACCUGCUCCAGAGACGACCUGCUGAAGAUCAUCGACCUGCGGACCAACGCCGUCAGGCAAACCUUCAGCGCUCAGGGCUUCAAGUGUGGAGCGGACUGGACCCGGGUCACCUUCAGCCCAGACGGCAGCUACGUGAUCGGAGGUUCUGCUGACGGAGCUCUGUACGUCUGGAACGUCCUGACGGGUCAACUGGAGCGGACCCUGGACCGGAACCACAACUCUGCCAUCAACUCCGUGUCCUGGUCUCCGUCCGGAGCCUUCGUCGUCAGCGUGGAGAAGGGAAGCCGGGCCAUCCUCUGGUCUGACCUGUGAUUGGCUGGAGGAGAGGGGGCGGGGCCAGGAGGACCGGGGGGCGGGGCCAGGAGGACCAGGGGGCGGGGCCUGCAGAGGGUCUUCAUCACCUCCUCCAGGACCCAGGAAGAGGAAGAGGAGACGGUUUUACGUUUUUGCCUCCAGGAACUUUCAUGUCGUCCGUGGUUUUAAGAGCGUAAAGGACUGGAGGUUAAUAAAGUUUUAUUGACGACGGCGAGGACGACUCAUCAAUCUGGAUGUUUGGUCAGGUGACCGGCCCGGCCAAUCACACGCAGAGACGUUUCCCUGUUCGGACAGGAAGUACUUCAAAAUAAAAGCUUCUGCAGAAACGGGAAGUUUCAACAUUAAAGAUUUAA